AUGGCCUCCCCCCUUCAGGAUUCGACAUUACUUCAAACAAGCACUAGUACCCUCAUCCGAUUCGGGGGCAAAUUCUCUCCUGAUAUGAUAGUUGGAGCCAGAGGGAUCUAUAUCUACACGGCGGAUGGACGAAAGAUCUUGGACUUCACGUCUGGCCAAAUGAGCUGUCUGAUCGGCCAUGGUCACCCAGAAAUUGUUCAGACGAUUGCUGAACAUGCAUCUGGCCUGGGCCAUCUUUUCAGUGGAAUGCUCAGCCCUCCAGUAAUGCAAUUGGCACAGAAAUUGACCAGUCUGCUACCACAAAGUCUUGAUCGCGCCAUGUUCCUUAGCACAGGUGCAGAGAGUAAUGAAGCAGCUAUCAAGCUCGCAAAGCUGUACACGGGAAAGUACGAGAUCGUGGCACUUGGUGCUUCCUGGCACGGGAUGACGAGUGGAGCAACGGCAGCGACCUUCCAUUCCGGGCGAAGAGGCUACGGGCAUUUUGUCCCAGGAAGUCUCGUUCUUCCAUCACCAAAUGCUUAUCGAUCAAUAUUCCGCCAUGCAGAUGGUUCCUAUGACUGGGAGACCGAACUUAACUAUGGUUGGGAUCUGAUUGAUCAAGCAUCGAAUGGUUCACUCGCAGCAGUCAUCAUUGAGCCAAUUCUGAGUUCUGGAGGCAUGCAUGUCCUCCCUCCGGGCUAUCUUCGGGCCAUGAAAACUCACUGCGAGGAACACCGGAUUGGAAGGUGUGGCUCAAUGUUCGCCAUCGAACAUGAGAAUGUGACGCCAGAUAUCCUGACGCUCAGUAAGACGCUCGGGAAUGGCCUGCCACUCGCGGCCGUUGUGACAUCCAAGAGAAUCGAAGAGACUUGUUUCGAGAGGGGCUUUCUAUUUUACACCACACAUGUUAACGAUCCGCUUCCUGCCGCUGUGGGACUGAAGGUCCUGGAUAUUGUGAUUCGCAACGGCUUGGUUGAGCGCUCUCGAUUGGCAGGCUUGAGACUGAAAGCUGUUUUGGAGAGACUGCAGGGUCUGUAUGGCUGCAUUGGAGAUGUAAGAGGACGAGGCCCGAUGUGCGGUGUGGAAAUUGUGGGAGAUCGAGCAACCAAAAUACCGUCCUUGGAGGUUGGAGAUGCUCUAGCCAAAAGGAUGGCUGUGCUCGGUCUAUCAGCCAAUCUGGCGACAAUGAAGUCCUUUGGGGGAGUUAUCAGGAUCGCGCGCCCAUCACGAUCAGUGACGAAGAGCUGGACACGGGCUUGGGCAUAUUCGAGGAAGCUUUGAGGACAACACCAGGCACAAUGCCCCUUUAAUAAGCGAACCCGAG